UGCAGUAACUUGAUCCCGCGGGGGAGGUGACGGCAGCAAUCGGCAGCGCAGCAGCGGCAGGAGGAAGCGCCCUGCAGCUGAGGGCUGGGCAGCCGCGCUGGGGGCCGGGCGGUGGGCAGCUGCUGCCUCCUCUCCCCGGCCCAUCCAUUUUUAAUGAGCUCCCCAGGCUUCUGCAGCAGGCAGGACGCAGACAGGCAGGCCCAGGCGGUGGAGGCCGGAGGCCACAGCCCUGCCUCGCUGGAGCCCUGGCCCCCCACCCUGGUGGGCAUGAGAGGGCAGCCCUGGGGCCCCGAAGCCCCCAGGCCGGGCUGGGCUCUCCAUGCAGGUGGUGCUGAAGAUGGAUUCGAGCCCAGACAAUGACAGCUGGUUGGAAGACCGGUGGGAGCACUGGCUCACCCAUGACAUCAGCCUGGAGGAGUUCGAGGAUGAAGACCUCUCAGAGAUCACGGAUGAGUGUGGCAUCAGCCUGCAGUGCAAAGACACCCUGUCCCUGCGGCCCCCGCGCGCUGGGCUGCUGUCUGCGGGUGGCGGCGGCGGCAGCGCGGGGAGCCGGCUGCAGGCCGAGAUGCUGCAGAUGGACCUGAUCGACGCUGCGGGGGACACUCCCGGCGCCGAGGAGGACGAGGAUGACAACGACGAGGAGCGCGCGGCGCGGCGGCAGGGAGCGGGACCGCCAGAGGCCGAGUCCGGCCAGGAGCCCGCCCCCCGCAUCCAGAGCCAGGGCCCCGGCAGCGGCGACACAUACCGGCCCAAGCGGCCCACCACGCUCAACCUCUUCCCGCAGGUUCCGCGGUCUCAGGACACACUGAAUAAUAAUUCUCUCGGCAAAAAGCACAGUUGGCAGGAUCGGGUGUCUCGAUCAUCCUCACCCCUCAAGACAGGGGAGCAGACGCCACCCCAUGAACACAUCUGCCUGAGCGAUGAGCUGCCACCUCAGGGCAGCCCUGCCCCCACCAAGGAUCGCGGCACCUCCACCGACAGCCCUUGUCGCCGCAGCACGGCCACCCAGAUGGCACCUGUGAGUGGCCCCCCUCCUGCUACCCCUGGAGGCCUGGGCCACUCCCAUCGGGACCGAAUCCACUACCAGGCAGAUGUUCGGCUGGAGGCCACAGAGGAGAUCUAUCUGACACCAGUGCAGAGGCCCCCAGACCCCACGGAGCCCGUCUCAGCCUUCCUGCCACCUGCAGAGAGCCGGAUGUCAGUCAGCUCCGACCCUGACCCUGCCACCUACCCCUCAGCAGCGGGCCGGCCUCACCCCUCCAUCAGUGAAGAGGAUGAGGGCUUUGACUGCCUCUCAUCCCCGGAGCGGGCUGAGCCGCCAGGCGGAGGGUGGCGAGGGAGCCUGGGGGAGCCGCCGCCGCCACCACGGGCCUCCCUGAGCUCAGACACCAGCGCCCUGUCCUAUGACUCAGUCAAGUACACACUGGUGGUGGACGAGCACGCCCAGCUGGAGCUCGUGAGCCUUCGGCCUUGCUUCGGAGACUACAGCGAUGAGAGCGACUCAGCCACUGUCUAUGACAACUGUGCGUCAGCCUCCUCACCGUAUGAGUCGGCCAUCGGGGAGGAGUACGAGGAGGCGCCCCGGCCCCGGCCCCCCGCGUGCCUCUCUGAGGACUCCACACCUGAUGAGCCCGACGUCCACUUCUCUAAGAAGUUCCUGAACGUCUUCAUGAGCGGCCGCUCGCGCUCCUCCAGUGCUGAGUCCUUUGGGCUGUUCUCCUGUGUCAUCAAUGGGGAAGAGCAGGAGCAAACCCACCGGGCCAUAUUCAGGUUUGUGCCUCGGCAUGAAGACGAACUGGAGCUAGAGGUGGAUGACCCUCUCCUGGUGGAGCUGCAGGCCGAAGACUAUUGGUACGAGGCCUACAACAUGCGCACCGGCGCCCGCGGGGUCUUCCCUGCCUACUAUGCCAUCGAGGUCACCAAGGAGCCUGAGCACAUGGCAGCCCUGGCCAAAAACAGUGACUGGGUGGAUCAGUUCCGGGUGAAGUUCCUGGGCUCCGUCCAGGUUCCCUAUCACAAGGGCAAUGAUGUCCUCUGUGCCGCUAUGCAAAAGAUUGCCACCACACGCCGGCUCACCGUGCACUUUAACCCGCCUGCCAGCUGCGUCCUGGAGAUCAGCGUGAGGGGCGUGAAGAUUGGCGUCAAGGCCGACGACUGCCAGGAGGCCAAGGGGAAUAAAUGUAGCCACUUCUUCCAGCUAAAAAAUAUCUCUUUCUGUGGAUACCACCCAAAGAACAACAAGUACUUUGGGUUCAUCACCAAGCACCCUGCUGACCAUCGGUUUGCCUGCCACGUCUUUGUGUCUGAAGAUUCCACCAAAGCCCUGGCAGAAUCUGUGGGGCGUGCGUUCCAGCAGUUCUACAAGCAGUUCGUGGAGUAUACCUGCCCCACAGAGGACAUCUACCUGGAGUAGCGGCCACACCCUCUGCACCACCCGGCCCCCAGGCCGCACAGGACAGCAGGCUGUGCACAGGACCCAGCGCUGCUCUGGAGGGACACUGCCCCCCGCCCAUGGGCUGUGGGGCCUCCAGUUCAGGAUGGGGGCAGGGUGCAGAGAGAGCAGAUGGGGUCUACUGUAACAAAAUUGUAACAUACAAAUCAGAUCCAUCUAUGGAGGACAGAGCGGGCUGCCGGGGACAGGAGGGGCAGGGCAAAGGACGCCCAUCCUGGGGACAGAGGCUCUGCCUCAGCCCAGGACUUACUUCCCCUGCCUCGGGCUCCUGCCUUGACAAAGCCCAUGCCACCUGCAAGUGCCCACUGUCCCUGUCCCCAGCCCCUACCAGAAGCCCUGAGCUCAAGCUGAGCCCGGCCACCGCUGGAGGACUUUCCAGGAAGGAAAUGGCAGCAGGUGGAGGUGAAGUCGCUGCUCUCCGCUCUCCCCUGGGCUAUGGACGGCUCCCACCUGCAGCCCCUGCACGCUGGCCCUGGCAGGGAGAGGCGUCCUCUGACUGGCCCAGGCCAGCCCUUCUGUGGUCUUGUCACCCUGGCCACGACUAUUAAAGUGCCAUUUCCUGUCUGGA